AUGGCAAAUUAUGAUUUGAUUGACGUGACAUAUAAAGAAACUUGUGAAGAACCUGAAAUCGAAGAUAAUUACGUUCUCGACGAGUAUAUUGAUGAAUACGACAAAACUGUACGUUGGCCGUCGAUAGCGAAAUUAAAUAAAAUAGAACACAAAAGGAUUAAAGAUUUCUUUAAAGUUACACCAACUAAAGAAAAAUUAAAUGAAAAUAUUCCUAAAGACGAAAAGAUUCAAACAAUCAAACAAUCUGACAGUUUGGAAACAAAGGAGACCAACAAUACCAAAGAAACAAGUUUAGCUCAGACUGUUCUAAAAGAAAAGAAUACAGAAAGUUCUGCCUCAACAGAAAAAGCAAAGACGACAGUAUCAAUCAAGGAUGAUUAA